GCCCCGCCCCCUGACAUACAAUCCCCAUUACGUCACUGAAGAUCAUUACGGAAGUGAACCGGGCGACGACACGGACAGAAACCCCCAAAUAAGUUGGCGUGUACGCUUGACCAAAUACCGACAGAUAGUCUAUCAUCAUGCUGGGAGGAGGAUUCAAAGCAGAGAGGCUAAGAGUCAACCUCCGGCUGGUCAUCAACCGACUCAAACUCCUCGAGAAAAAGAAAACUGAGCUUGCUCAAAAGGCGAGGAAAGAGAUAGCAGAUUACCUGUCAUCGGGAAAGGAUGAGCGGGCACGGAUCCGCGUGGAGCACAUUAUCAGGGAAGACUAUUUGGUGGAGGCCAUGGAGAUCCUGGAGCUUUACUGUGACCUGCUGCUGACUCGCUUUGGCCUCAUCCAGUCCAUGAAGGAACUGGACCCAGGCUUACAGGAGGCAGUGUCGACUCUUAUCUGGGCAGCGCCUCGUCUCCAGUCAGAGGUGUCUGAACUUAAAACUGUAUCAGACCAGCUGUGUGCAAAAUAUAGCAAGGAGUACGGCAAGCUGUGCAGGACAAACCAGAUUGGCACAGUCAACGACAGGCUGAUGCACAAACUGAGUGUGGAGGCACCUCCCAAGAUCUUGGUGGAACGCUACCUGAUAGAGAUCGCCAAGAACUAUAAUGUGCCGUAUGAACCUGACGCCAUGGUCCGGCCUGAGGUGUGUUGCGGAGAGGAAGCAGACCUGAUUGACGUGGACACUGACAAGAAGCCUAGAGGAGGUGGAGGAGGUGGCGGUGGAGGUUUCACUGCUCCUGCUGCUCCUAUGCCUAUGGGAAUGCCUAUGCCCAUGCCUAUGCCAACAGCUUUCAACUAUCCACCUCCCAACAUGGCCGACCAGUUUCAUGUUCCCGUUGGAACCUACAACAACUUCCAGCACCCCAUGGGAGGAGGGCAUCCCCCUCAGUUGCCCACUUCUCCCCCGACAUAUGAGUCUAUUGAUGACCUAACUUCAAACAAACCUUCUGUUCCUUCGCAGGCCGUAGCUCCUGGCCCUUCAUCAAAGCUGUUUGACAACAACGCUCUACCAGAACUGCCCUCCGUUCCCGACACACUCCCUGCAUCGUCUUUUGGCGGAAACACCACCACCUCAGAUGACAUCGACUUUGACGAUUUGACGCGGCGGUUUGAGGAGCUGAAGAAGAAGACCUAAUUGCUAUAUCCCUGGUCUAUACACACAUGCACACACAUACACAGGCCCCUGUUGUCACCUACGCAGCUCAGAACAACAAAAGGAAAAUGUUCAAGGCUCUCAAUCAGAUUGUAAUAGUUCUCCUUCCUCUUCCACGGUGAAGUAAUCUUACAUACAUUAAACAUACAUGUAUUCUUACCUCAUUUAUAUAAAUAUAUGACCAGCGUACUGAGGUGAGAUGUGGUUUCUCACUCGACCUUAUCAUUUAGCAGAAAUCUAAUUUCUGUUUGCAGUACCAUUGAAUACCACAUUUUAAUUUUUCUAUACUGCACAUUAUAUAUAUAUAUAUGUAUAAAAUGUUGGUGUUGACACAUGUUCACUCCUGCUCAUUUAAGGUCACACUGACUUUUAACUUUUCCCCUUUGUCUGAGUGACACUUACUUAGAUUUUAAUUGUUGCUUUUCCUGGGCUUUUGGGUCUGACAGAUCUUUACAGUACAUGCCUUGAUUCUACUUUGUACAUGCUGUGUCGCUGUGAUCUUUGCCACUGUGUCACUCAGUGCUAUCUCAAACCAGUCAAACAAGUGCAACUGGCCGCCCCACUUUGGUGGAUAGUUGGCAUUCAUACUAACAAUGGCUACAGAUUGUUUCCUAGGCGAGGCUCCAAUACCCAAGUUUUUUUUUUUUUUUACAUAAAGUUAUUUCGGAACAGAUAGAAGCCAUAUUUUCAGUGUCUUGCACAGUCAGUUUUGUCACUGUGGAGAGGAGAUUUUGAAACACACUUCAAGGUUAAUUUAUACCAGGAAAAAAAAGGGUGUACAAGUCCUCCAGGAAAAGCUCAUGGUGACACAUGUUACAGGGGCACAGAUGUAUGUAAAGUUAUAAAACAGUGUAUCAAAAAUCUGUAAUAUAAUACAUUUACAAUCAUAUAGAUAGACCUAUUUACACGAAUGAUUGAACUGUACAGCAUAAAGAGUUCGGUAGUAGGGAGUUGACAGAUCUGUUUUAUAUACAGUAUCCAAAUAAUUUUUUUUCCCCCCUUUUGAAUGUCAGUUUUACCAGAUACCUGCACUUUCUUAUCAUAGAAGAACUUAAUUUACAAGUAAAAUGUGUGCAGACAAAAACAGGCGCACAACAACCUUAUUUGAUUAGAUGUAAAUAUUGGACCCAGAGGUUUGUGUUGUCCUCUGUGAUUGUGUGUGCAUGUGUCUUAUACUGUAUGCGUACCACUGCAUUUGCCUUAGUUACCAUCUCUCAUCAGAGGCCUUGCCAGUCUACAGUAGGAUUAGGUUACACUUUGCUUUAUUUGCUGUACCCAUAAAACAAUUCUCUAAAUACCUUUUUACAGUGGCAAUUUGCGUAACAGAUGGAAAAAACUGUCGGUACUGGCAAUAUAGGUGGAUGUUUUCCUGUAGCAAGAUCAGAGUGAGAGGGUUUCUGUUGCUGCAACCUAACCACACCCAGCUCUGCUUGCAUGGCAAAUGGAUGGUGGCCUUGAAUAAAAUGAUUCAUCAGUCUCUAGAAAGCUCAUUGAAAAGCUUUCCAGCUACACAAUAGACAGUUUAAUUAAUAGGUUUUACACAUGUUGGAGAAGGUAGAGAGAGAUUAUUAACACUACUGAACUGUGAUCUGCUCACUGUCUUUUCUAUGUUGGACUGUUCUUUCAUGCUAAACCUUGAGACACAAAAUGGUGUCUUGUUGCAAAAAAGGAGUUUUUUUUCCACUGUAUACUAAACAAUUUAAUAAAAGAUUAUUUGGAACUGGAAA